CUCUCUCUCUCUCUCUCUCUCUCUUAUUCAAUGAACAUCUUGUUCUAAGCUAUCGUAAUAUCUCUCUCUCUCUCACUCUCUCUCAGAGAAAAGCUAAUCCAUGAUGAUUCUUAGUUCUCCCACUCUUCAGCUCUCCGUUCCCUCACUUCCCAAACUCUCUAUCUUCACCACCACCACUCCAAUUCGCUUUUCACCGGAGUUCAAUCGACCAAGAACACUCACUAUGCAAUUUCAAAACGGAAACGCAUAUCCCGUCGGCGUGGAUUUGCCGGCGGACUACGCCGAGUGGCUUCCUAAGUCCGAUUUAAAAGAUAGAAGAAGAGCCGGAAUCUUCCUCCAUCCGACGUCGUUUCCAGGACCUUACGGCAUUGGAGACCUCGGCGACCAGGCGUUUCACUUCCUCGAUUGGCUUCACGACUCUGGUUGCUCCGUUUGGCAGGUCCUUCCUCUUGUUCCUCCUGGUAGAAAGGGUAAUGAAGACGGAUCCCCCUACUCUGGCCAGGAUGCCAAUUGUGGUAACACCCUUCUCAUUUCUCUUGAGGAGCUUGUAAAAGAUGGUUUGUUGAUGAAGGAAGAGCUGCCAAAAGCAUUAGAUAUGGACCGUGUUAGUUUCUCAGCCGUUGCUGACAUAAAGGAUCCUCUGAUAUCCAAGGCUGCAGAGAGGCUUGUAUCGAGUGAAGGGGAACUCAAACGUCAGCUUGAAGAUUUUCGUAAAGGCCCCGAUAUUGCAAGUUGGCUUGAAGAUGCAGCAUAUUUUGCUGCUAUUGACAACUCUUUAAAUGCAUUAAGUUGGUAUGAGUGGCCUGAACCAUUGAAGAAUCGCCAUCUUGUGGCAUUAGAAGAAAUUUAUCAGAACAAAAAGGAUUUUAUCAAUAUAUUCAUUGCUCAACAGUUCUUAUUCCAAAGGCAAUGGCAAAAAGUUCGUGACUAUGCACAGAUGAAGGGGGUCAGUAUAAUGGGAGACAUGCCCAUUUAUGUUGGUUAUCACAGUGCAGAUGUUUGGUCUAACAAGAAACAGUUUUUGCUGAACAAGAAUGGUUUUCCUCUUCUAGUUAGUGGUGUUCCUCCCGACGCCUUCAGUCAAACUGGUCAGCUUUGGGGCAGCCCUCUGUAUGAUUGGGAAGCAAUGGAGAAAGAUGGAUUUUCAUGGUGGAUACGUCGCAUAAAACAUGCUCAGAAUCUAUUUGAUGAGUUCAGGAUAGAUCACUUCAGAGGAUUUGCUGGCUUUUGGGCUGUUCCUUAUGAAGCAAAAAUUGCAAUGGUUGGGCGUUGGAAGGUGGGACCUGGAAAGUCUUUAUUUGAUGCCAUCUUCAGAGCAGUUGGAAAGGUCAAUAUUAUAGCAGAAGACUUGGGAGUAAUCACAGAGGAUGUAGUUCAGCUUAGGAAAUCCAUUGGGGCGCCUGGAAUGGCUGUCCUCCAGUUUGGUUUUGGAAGUGAUGCAAAAAACCCUCAUUUGCCUCAUAAUCAUGAGCAGAAUCAAGUAGUCUACACUGGUACUCAUGAUAAUGACACGGUGCAUUCUCUAUUCCUCACAUCUGUGUAGGUUUGUCGAUAAAUGGGUAUGCCUGAGUGGUGUAAUGUGAAAAUACAUAUCACAUGGAGCAAUUGUUGAAAUUGAUUUGGUGUCAUUUGUUUUUGACAUGCUUUGAGACCUUUGUUCCACCUCUAGAAAAUUGUUUUCUUAGCCAGAUUUUAUGGAUGGAAAAUGCUAUAGAACCAGAAUUUAUUAUCAGAAUGAUGUAACAGUGGAGUUUUUGCAAAUAUCAGGGUAUUAAUAUUUUGUUUUGGAAUGAAAGAAUGUGAGUUGGCCACAUCAGUCUGGUAGAAAAUCUUAAUUGUAUAGCCUUACUUUUUUCAGGUCUAGGAAGUAAAAAUCUGGCCAGCUGUUACAGAUCCAAGGCUGGUGGGAUGUCUUGCAACAAGAAGAGAAGUCCAAUGUACUGAAGUAUCUUCCGAGUACUGAAGAAGAUGAAAUCUCAUGGGCACUUAGCCAGGCUGCACUCUCGUCUGUGGCCCGUACCACAAUCAUACCCAUGCAGGAUAUACUUGGGCUUGGUAAUUCUGCUAGGAUGAAUAUUCCAGCAACUCAGGUAAAUCUAAACCGUAUAUCUGAUUCAGUGACGGAUUAUUUUGUUUGGCUGUCAGUGGCCUGCGGGGGAGCUGUAGUGAUGCUGUCUUCCUAGUCUUUAUGAAACUUGGUUGGAGGGGCUGAUUUGCCCAAAAAUCUUAUAAGCUAAUUACAUUUUUAGUCAAGCUUAAGACCUGGUUAAAGAAUGUGUCCUAGCAUAGUUUACAUAUUUGAAAUUAAACAUGCUGAUUUGAAUAUAAUUCUAAAUAGCAUGACUAAUUUACUUCAUAUUGCUUAUUAGAAACCGGCAAUUUCUGCAACAAACAAUAAUUUAUUGACCUGCUAGACAAUGGUGGUCUGAAAUGAUUUUGGGUUGUUCAUGCAGCCAGCCUGUGUGUGGACCCAUUUUUUAAAAGAAAUUAUCUUAGAAAUGAGAAUUAGAAUAUGUAGGAGAAUAUCAUGCUGUAUCCUUUGUCCAACAUAUGCCUUUUGCAAAAAGAACCUAGGUGGUCUUUUGCCUGGCCACUUGGUGCUUGGCUACGUUACGUAUAUGGGACUUUUCACUAUAAACUUGACAAUUCUCUCUUAAACACUCCCUAUACUAAAGGUUAGAUCCCUCUACUCAGGUUGGCUAUAAUGUUCUCAAAGAGAAGGAAUGAUGACUCAAAAGUCAAAAGACAAUCGUAUGCAAUAGUUUGCUGUAUAUUGCAAUAACGGACAAAAGAUUUUGAUGUGUUUCUUCUUUUUGUGAAAGAUUUUCUGGAUUCUGCCUCUGAUUUCAUUUUUCUGAUGCAGUUUGGAAAUUGGAGUUGGAGGAUACCUAGCUCCACGAGCUUUGACAAUUUGAAUACCGAAGCAAAGAAACUGAGGGAUAUGCUUUCAAUGUACGGGCGGCUGUGAUGAUUGCGCUGUAAGUGGCUGGAGCUUUAUCGCAACUCAAUAAUUCAACUUGCAUGAGAUCUAUAUAUACCCAGCUAUUGUCCCUUGUAGAUGAUGGCUCAAAAAAAGAACAAACGAAAGAAGGUAGC